AUGGCUUCGAACAAAGCCGGCGAUAUCGGCGGCGCAAAGGAGGAGGUACCCAAGAAGACCACCGUGAUUGAUGAGUUCGACGACGACGUAUCUGAUCCGGAUGAGGAUGACUUGGAUGAUCUGGAUGAUAUGCUUGAUGAGUUUGCGGCGGUAGACCUCCAAGCCAAGAAGCCCUCGGGACCGGCUGGGCCAGCCCCCGCCGGAGCGGGUGAUGAUGCCACGGGCGAGGAUGAUGUUCUGUCCGAAGAGGAGUUCGCGAAGCAGCUACAGGCCGGCAUGGCUGAUCUUCUCGGCGACAUGGAUAACUCGCCUGAACUACAAGCCCAAUUCGAGAGCAUAUUCAAGGAGCUAGGCGCCGCCGCCGCCGCCUCGGAUGCCGAGACACCUGGUAUUCCCACCCCCAAGGCCGAGACCUUGACCAAGACUCCUCCCUCUUCUUCCCGCAGAGCCUCGACUGCGGCCUCACCAUCAAGCAAGAAUGCGGCGGAAGCUUCCUUCCAGGAGACCAUCCGACGGACCAUGGAGCGCAUGCAGACAUCUGGCGAGCAGGCCACGGCAGCUGCCGCAGCUGAGGGCUCUGAUGACUUCCUCGCCGAGCUGCUCAAGCAGAUGCAAUCCGGCGGUCUUGAAGGCGAGGGCAGCGAGGAAGAGUUCAGCAAGAUGCUUAUGGGCAUGAUGGAGCAGCUCACGCACAAGGAUAUCCUGUACGAACCUAUGAAGGAACUACACGAGAAGUUCCCUGGCUGGCUGGAGAAGAACAGGGCGGCGACGUCCAAGGAGGACCUGGAGCGGUACGAGUUGCAGCAGAAGCUGGUCAGCGAGAUUGUGGCCAAGUUUGAGGAGCCCAACUACGCGGAUACGAGCAAGGAGCAUCACGAGUAUAUCGUUGACAGGAUGCAGAAGAUGCAAGAUGCCGGCCAGCCCCCCAACGACUUGGUCGGAGACAUGCCCUCCGCCCAAAAUCUCGACCUUCCCGACGAUCAAUGCCCCACUCAAUAA